CCGGUAAGGCCUACACUUGAGAUGUUGAGGUUGCUACACACCUUUCUCUUACCCUCAGUUCAUGAGCUUCAAAAGAGCCUUGCAAAUCCUCUACCUUCAUCUUAUCAAGAUCCUUUGAUUCUUCAAUUGCCACCACUAUGUGAUCAUACAUUUGUGUUAAUGUUCUAAAGAUCUUUACAAUAAUCACCACUUUAGUUAAUGAUUCACCAUUUGUUCUCCUCUGAUUAACAACAACCUGCUCACAUUGAAGUAAUAGUUGGUAUUGCCUUCUUGGCAUCAAGAGCUUGGGUUAUAAUUCUUGGAAAACACGAGUGCAAGUGUUAGGGAAAUGAAAAAUUGGGAAACACAAAUGAGUGAAAGAAAGAAAGAAGUUUAAGUCAUGUGCUCCUAAAAAUACCUCUUAAAUAGUGGUUCAUGGUUAAACAUUUAGGUAUCAUCAUGGCAGAUUGGCAGCAUAAACUUUUGUAUUGGAAUUUGCCCCAAAAGAAACCAUAUUAUGCCUGAUAAUCCUGAACUUAUGUUUGUGUUUGGACAUUCGAUCAUCAUAUGCAAACUUGGAAGUUGUUUUGACUCUUUUUGCUCGGUAGUGACGAAAAAACAAUAAAAUAAAUAUGUUCAUGAAGUACUAGUCAAUUACAUGUACUCUCAUUCUCAAUGGUAGCUCAAUCUUGCGUUCGUCUUCUAUAUACCUGCAGACACGUUUUCCAUAUCAGACAAGUUCACGCUAACGUGUUAAUCAACGGAACAUUCAAUGAUCUCGUUGUUGCAAACAAACUCCUUUAUUUCUAUGUCCAACACAAGGCCAUUGAUGAUGCACACCAUCUGUUUGAUGAAAUGCCAAUGAGAGAUCCAACAACUUGGAGUGUCAUGAUUGGUGGAUUUUCCAAGCUUGGUGAUUAUGCCAAUUGUUAUGCAACCUUUAGGGAAAUUCUUAGAUAUGGUGUUACCCCUGAUAACUACACUUUACCUUUUGUGAUUAGAACUUGUAGGGACAGAAAGGAUUUUCAAAUGGGUCAAAUGAUUCAUGAUGUGGUAUUGAAACAUGGGCUGUUAUUGGAUCAUUUUGUUUGUGCUACUCUUGUGGAUAUGUAUGCUAAGUGUAUGGUGAUUGAGGAUGCACGCCGGUUAUUUGAUAUAAUGCUUAGUAAGGAUCUUGUAACGUGGACGGUUAUGAUUGGUGGUUAUGCGGAUUGCAAUGCAUAUGAGUCGUUGGUUUUGUUUGAUCGGAUGAUGGAAGAAGGUUUUGUUCCCGAUAAGGUUGCUAUGGUGACGGUUGUUAAUGCUUGUGCUAAAUUGGGGGCUAUGCAUAAGGCUAGGUUUGUUAAUGAGUAUAUUUGUAGGAAUGGUUUCUCUUUGGAUGUGAUCUUGGGGACUGCAAUGAUUGACAUGUACGCCAAGUGCGGAUGCGUCGAGUCUGCAAGAGAGGUUUUCGAUAGGAUGAAAGAGAGAAACGUUAUUUCGUGGAGUGCCAUGAUCGCCGCCUAUGGAUAUCAUGGGAAGGGAAAAGAAGCUCUUGACUUAUUUCAUAUGAUGUUGAACUCUGCGAUUUUGCCAAAUAGGAUCACAUUUGUCUCGCUCUUAUAUGCUUGUAGUCAUGCAGGACUAAUCGAAGACGGUCUUCGCUUCUUCAAUUCGAUGUGGGAAGAUUAUGCUGUUAGACCUGAUAUCAAACAUUAUACCUGUGUGGUUGACCUUUUUGGACGUGCAGGGAGGCUAGACGAGGCGGCGAAAUUGAUAGAGACCAUGUCAGUUGUAAAAGAUGAAAGGCUCUGGAGUGCUUUGCUUGGAGCAUGUAGAAUUCAUGGGAACAUGGAGUUGGCUGAAAAGGCAGCGAAUUCUCUUCUUGAACUACAGCCUCAAAAUCCAGGGAACUAUGUUUUACUAUCUAAUAUAUAUGCAAAAGCUGGUAAGUGGGAAAAGGUGGCAGAAUUUAGGAAUAUGAUAACCCAAAGGAAGCUGAAGAAAGUUCCUGGAUGGACAUGGAUCGAAGUUGAUAAUGAAACCUAUCAGUUUAGUGUUGGAGAUAGAUCACAUCCUCAAUCAAAUGAAAUCUAUGAAACGUUGAUGAGUGUAAUUAGGAAGUUGGAGAUGGCUGGCUAUGUACCUGAUACAGAAUUUGUGUUGCAAGAUGUUGAAGACGAAGUCAAGAAAGAAAUGUUGUACACACACAGUGAAAAACUAGCUAUUGCAUUUGGACUAAUUUCCAUCCCACAGGGUGAUCCCAUUAGGAUCUCUAAAAAUCUGAGGGUCUGUGGUGAUUGUCACACGUUUUCUAAGAUGGUAUCGGCGGUUAUGAGAAGGUCAAUAAUUGUUCGGGAUGCGAAUCGGUUUCACCAUUUUAAUGAAGGGACUUGCUCGUGUGGGGACUAUUGGUAGCAUAUACAAUCUACACAGGUCAAUUUUUUGUGUGCGUCUAACUAAAUAUAACAUGCAAACUAUAAUGUACCAAAAAAUGUAUGAAACUUUUGCAAUGUGAUUUUUUACUACAACAGCUUGGUACUUGGUAAGUUCAAAGUCCAUAUAAAGGACUUCAUCAUUUAUGAGUUGAAUUUUUGAAAAAAAAAACACCUUAUUUAAUGUAAACAGAGAAGAAUGUCAUUGAUCCACAAUAUUUGAUGAUAGAAUAAAAAACAAAAAUAUGGGAAUCUAGAUUGUUUUUAUUUUGAACCUGUAACAUGGUAUGUAAAUUACAUUUGCUAGCUCCGGCUAACUAAUUAUAUUAAGAUAUUACUGAAAUCAAAUUAUGCUAUUGUGAA